AUGCAAGACGGCCAGGGGGAUGGAAUGAACAUGGCGUGGUUCAACGAUAUGAUCUCCAAGGGAUUCGUAAAGCAACGCCACCUACCUCAACACACGGGGGGACCGCCGGCUGCCGGGCAUGCCGGGAGCCCCAUCGAAUCCAUCCUCAACCCGGACGCAGCUAAUGAAAACCGAUCACCCGACAGUGACCAGGCGCCCGCUCCAGCGCAGCAGCCCCAACCGCAGCAGGUUCAGGAAACGGGUGCUGCGUCGCGGACUUGGUUACAAAGCCCUCUCCGAGAUUGUGCGCGAAACGCGGACGAUGACGGCGCGCUCGCCCGAUCCUUGCUCGACGCCGGUGCCCCCACCAACUUCUUCGAUAGUACGGGACGUUCCCCUCUACACUGGGCUUGUACCCGAGGGAACACAGCGGUCGUCCUGGCCCUUCUCGAAGCCGGCGCUGACGGGUCCGCUCGCGACGGGUCCGGGAAGACUCCCCUGCACUGCGCUGCUCAAGUCGGGCACACCACCGUCGUGAUGGUGCUGCUCGAGUUCUACGGGUUCGCACCCAUCGGAUUGCCGCCAGGGAAUGUGCCUGCGUCGUUAGUGGCACCGGCACUAGAAGCCGAGGAGUUGUCAUGGCCGAUGGCGGCACCGAUGCCGCAGCAGAACGGUGUCGAGUCCAUAGUCGACGCUCGGAACGUUUACGGGAGCACGGCGCUGCACCGUGCGGCGUUCAACGGCCGAGAGGGCGUCGUGCUGGCCCUGCUGAGGGGAGGGGCCGACGUCUGCGUCGUUGGGAAUAGCGGAAGGAGCGCCCUUCAUCUCGCGUGCCAGAAUGCGCACGCUGGUUGCGUCCAGCUUCUGCUCGCGUGGGGUGCCCAGGAGUCAGCCAUCGCAAAGGAUGGGUCCACCCCCUGGUCUCAGCUUGCGCUAGCCGCGGAGACCCGCCCCCGCGGCUGUCCCCGCGUGGCCAAGACAGCUUUGCUCCUCAACACGGCGCGAGGUGCUCGCGCUUGGGCUAGGCGGGGCUGGCUGCUGAUGCUGAGGGACAAGCACAACCGAGGGGUGUUCGAGGCAGAGGCCAUCGAUUUAGACGGUAGAGGGGGUGCUUGUAGUGACAUGGAGGACGGCCAGGGGGAGGAUUUUGCGAGGUUGGUGAACCAACUUGUCGGAAUUGGUGAGGAAGGGUGCUUCCGAUUGGUGGUCGGCUUCCUUUAG